ACAGCCCUCUGUCACAUGGUUUAGUUAGUUGGGUUUCAUCCAAGAUACCAGCAGGUCGGGAACUGAACGCACAGAAUAACAGCAGCUACAGAAAAUUGAGAAACCGAGACAGGCGGAUAUUAUUACUAUUUUCUAAAUUCCACAAUCUAUUUUUCUUAAUCUUUCAAAACGUUUUGAAGAGGAGAGGGAGAAACCAGCAUAGUAAGCCCGCCACGCCCGGAGCUCUGCUAUAGGGUUUGUAAAGACUCGCUACGCAAAAGUUGUUACACAAACUAUGUUUCCUCUUCACUAGAGAGGAACUUAACAGUUGUACUCGCACUUCCUCAAAUUGCCUUGCUCUUGCUUCCAGGUCAGAAUAAGAAUGUUUUGAAGUUGCUCAAAUGAGACAUUCGGCAGUCUAAAAUAAUGCAGAUUUAAAGGUGCGCGGGGCUCUCCGUUCCUCACUUUUGCUGUGCAUGUCUGCCAUGUAAGGUGAAGCGUUGUCCUGGAGCAAUGACGCUGAGCUCCAUGGGGACCUGCUGCCUCAGUCCAGAGGCCAAAGAAGCUCGGAGGAUCAACGCUGAGAUUGAGAAGCAGCUCCGCAAGGACAAGAAGGAUUCCCAACGCGAGUUUAAGCUCCUACUGCUGGGAACUGGUGAAAGUGGGAAGAGCACUUUCAUCAAACAGAUGAGGAUCAUCCACGGCCGUGGAUACUCUGAGGAGGACAGGAGAGGCUUCACCGGACUGAUUUAUGAGAACAUAUUCACAGCAAUGCAGACCAUGAUCCAAGCCAUGAGCACAUUACAGAUCUCUUACAAGUAUAUGCACAACCAGGAUAAUGCCGACUUGGUCAAUGGUGUUGAUGUGGAAAGUGUGAAAACGUUAACAAACCCAUACGUGGAGGCCUUGGAGAGCCUGUGGAAUGAUCCGGGAAUUCAGGAAUGCUACACUCGGCGGAGGGAAUACCAGCUCUCAGACUCGGCUAAAUACUAUCUCAGUGACUUGGCUCGAAUUGCUGAUUCUGCUUAUCUGCCAACCCAGCAAGAUAUCCUAAGGGUCAGAGUGCCUACAACAGGAAUAAUAGAGUAUCCCUUUGACCUGGAGAAUGUGGUGUUCAGGAUGGUGGAUGUGGGUGGCCAGCGUUCUGAAAGGAGAAAGUGGAUCCACUGCUUUGAGAAAGUCACGUCCAUCAUGUUCCUGGUGGCGCUCAGUGAAUACGAUCAGGUCCUCGCCGAGUCCAGCCAUGAGAAUCGGAUGGAGGAGAGCAUGGCUUUGUUCGAGACAAUCAUAAAAUAUGAAUGGUUCAGCGACUCCUCGAUCAUUCUGUUUCUGAACAAGAUGGAUCUGUUGAAGGAAAAAAUCAUGUAUUCACAUUUGGUGGACUACUUCCCAGAGUUUAAGGGUCCCCAGCAGGAUGCUGAGGCUGGACAAAAGUUCAUCCUGGACAUGUUCCUCAGUCUCAAUGUGAAUGAUGAGAAAACGAUCUACCCCCACUUCACGUGCGCCACGGACACAGAGAACAUCCAAAUUGUUUUCAGGGACGUGAAGCACUACAUCAUGCAAUUAAACCUGAGAGAACACAACCUGAUGUGAGCGCCUGGCGCUCCUGCUGUAAUUUAAUGGUCACAGCGCAGCCCCCCCGGACUGGGAGGGCUCUGCAGCAUCUCCGUCCGCUGCUGCAGUUGCUGCCGCCGCUGCUGCUGUUCCACACUUUAAUCCAAAACAGGAAAUUGAAGCGCUUCAGAGCUUGUCACCGAAUGACUGUACAGCCGAUGCAUUUCAAAUUUUCUUGUUAGACUCUGUAAGUGGAUGUCUUCGGCUAUUACAAAGUGUGACCUGGCAAUUAAAGUGCUGGCUUUCAGCGGAGUCUAAUAUAGCGUGCGCUCUGAAAUUUAUCGAGCGCUACGUGGACAUUUUGGAGCGGUGGAAAUGCACACUGGCAGAUUAAUAGGGGGAAACAUAUUUUACUGGCUUCGAAUGCCUCGGAGGAAUUGUGAUGUAGUGGAUCUUCCUUCUGGGAAGCUGCGGGACUGGAUGCUCUGUAAAGACCAGCAUCACUAAAGCGGUGUUUGUCUUUAGAUUUGAGUUUGAAGCUUAGACUAGGGCUUGACUCAUAGGGAACAGGUCAGGGAGAACACUAAUAACACCAUUCAUGUAAAAGAGCACAGUGCAUGUUGCUGCAUUGCUGCAUGAGCUUCAGUUAGUGAGGUCUUGAUCAGCAUUUUGGAUCUGCCUGUGGUGACUUUUUUGGGGGGCAUCUAUGUUUUAUGUUUGGUGGGGGGAUUAAAAGGGACACCCAGCAUUUUGGAGUCAAUUUACUGGGUAGUAAAAAUCACAUUCCUUCAGGGACUGUUGUGUUUUUUUUUUAAAGAAGUUUUCUUAAAAUUAUUUACUCUGAAGUCUUUAAAGUUGUAUCAUUUCUUUAAUUUGAUUAGAUUUUGCACAUACUGUAUGAUAUGGUGAGGCUUUGCUUUGACUUUGUUAUAUUUUGGUCAGUGUUAAAAGAUGAAAUCCUAAAGUGAAAAUUAUUUUGAUCGAAUAUAUCAAAGAGAAAGUACUGAUGUUUACACAACCGUGUUCUUCUUAACAAUAAAAGUGUGAGUUGGAAUCAGA